AUGACCUCAAGAUGUACAUAUAUAACUCACGAGCUUACACAUGCGCAGUACAGUUUUCGUAAAGACAUCACCAUGAAACUCCUACUUAUCGCCUCCAUCGUAGCCUUAGCGGCCGCAGACGUAUCACACAUCCUGACCAAAGACAGUACCGCUCAAAUCCUGAAGCAGGAGUUGGAUGUUGGUGUCGAGGGUCAAUACUCGUGGGCCAUUGAAACUGACAACGGGAUAUCUGCGCGGGCGCAAGGCGCUUUGAAAGACCCACAGGGUGAGAAUCCCGCAGAAGUAGUCCAAGGACAGGCGCAAUGGACAUCACCGGAGGGUGAAGUUGUAUCGCUACAGUACACCGCUGACGAAAACGGAUACCAAGUUCAGGGCUCCCAUCUGCCAACCCCCCCACCGAUCCCCGCUGCGAUACUUCGGUCAUUGGAAUUCAUCAGAUCCCACCCCCCACCACAGAACGCCAACAACUAA